CACACACGCACGCACACACAUCCCUUCCCUGUCUCCCGCCCGCCUCCGCCUCCUCCUUCGCCAAGCCGAAGAGCGCCAGGCGCUCUUCCAGGCCGGUGCGGGGAGAGCCCGCAGCCCCUCGGGCGGCGAUCCAGGCGACUCCGGGCCUGGGCGGGAGCCGGGAGGUGCGGCCGGCAUGGAGGCGCUGCUGCUGGGCGUGGGGCUGGUGCUGGGCGCCUACGUGCUUGUCUACUACAACCUGGUGAAGGCCCCGCCGUGCCGCGGCCUCGCCAGCCUGCGGGGCCGCACGGCCGUAGUCACGGGCGCCAACAGCGGCAUCGGGAAGAUGACGGCGCUGGAGCUGGCGCGCCGGGGAGCGCGCGUGGUGCUGGCCUGCCGUAGCCGGGAGCGCGGCGAAGCGGCUGCGUUCGACCUCCGCCAGGAGAGUGGGAACAAUGAAGUCAUCUUCAUGGCCUUGGAUUUGGCCAGUCUGGCCUCCGUGAGGGCCUUUGCCACUGCCUUCCUGAGCUCCGAGCCACGGCUGGACAUCCUCAUCCACAAUGCUGGGAUCAGUUCCUGCGGCCGGACCCGGGAGCCCUUUAACCUGCUGUUGCGCGUGAACCACAUCGGCCCCUUCCUGCUGACGCACCUGCUGCUGCCCCGGCUCAAGACAAGCGCCCCCAGCCGUGUGGUGGUGGUCUCCUCUGCCGCCCACCGCCGGGGCCGCCUCGAUUUCACACGCCUGGACCGCCCAGUGGUGGGCUGGCGGCAGGAGCUGCGGGCGUAUGCCGACAGUAAGCUGGCCAACGUGUUGUUCGCCAGGGAGCUUGCCACUCAGCUUGAGGGCACUGGUGUCACCUGCUAUGCAGCCCACCCAGGGCCAGUGAACUCGGAGCUCUUCCUGCGCCACGUUCCUGGAUGGCUCCGCCCACUUUUGCGCCCCCUGGCUUGGCUGGUGCUCCGGGCACCGCGAGGGGGUGCCCAGACACCCCUGUACUGCGCUCUGCAGGAAGGCAUUGAGCCCCUCAGCGGAAGGUACUUCGCCAAUUGCCACGUGGAGGAGGUGCCCCCAGCCGCCAGAGACGACCGCGCAGCUCACCGGCUGUGGGAGGCCAGCAGGAAGCUAGCAGGGCUUGGGCCUGGGGAGGAUGCCGAAUCCGAUGAAGAUUCCCAGCCUGAGGACCCGGGGACUCCAUCCUCUCCAAGCAGCCCCCACCCCGAGGAGCCCACGGCUUCCGAACUCUACCCCAGCCCUCAGAAUUCAACAGACAGGUCUACGGUCACGCGCCGAAUUCCGGUUAAAGCUGAACUUGAGCCUCAGGCUUGCUAACUGCCCCCCUACCCCACGACCCCCCCCCCCCCCAAAACACACACACACACACAGACCGGGCAGCUUUCCAAGGCACCUGGUGGGCCUUUAAAACCUUAGCUGUGUGCCGGGCCACGCACUGGGCAUGGAGAGAGUUGCCAUUUUCGCCUCCAUGGUUAUUUCCCGGGGUUUCCGAGGUAUGUCCUGGACAGCUCGUUUCCUGGCGGAAGGAAAUAAAGGGUGAUUAUUCCUCCCUGAGAGGAACGGUAACCCCA